CACGGCCGGCUAUAUCGCUACGGUCAUAACAGGACGUGAUAACAUCAGUGAGCUGUUGUCGACAUGAACUGCGUUAGCGUGCGGUUUUUAAUUUCAAUGACUUAUGGCAGUGGUUUUGAAAUUUUGUUAAACGUUCAGAGCUCGAUGUUUUAGGCAGCAGAUGGUGUACACAUAAUUAUUAGCAUACGUUGUUUUGCAAAUUAAUAGUUCAAGUUAGAUAAUCAUUCAAGAAUAUUUAACAAUGCUCCAUAAAGUUGUGCAUUUUAAUUUGAACAAAAUUUGUUUUGUACAAAAUAUUUAUCAGACAUGUUGUUAUUGUACGGCAUUUCAUGUAAACAAUGAUGUUAUACAAUUUUUUCAACAGAAUUUAGGUUUACCUGAAAAUGAAGUUCGGAGAAUCGUUAAAAAGUAUCCAUCGUUUCAAAAUGAUUCAUAUUCUUCACUGUCUGAUAACUUGUCUUUAUUAACGAGUUUUGGGGUUUCCAAAGAUGAUAUUAUCAAAAAAAUUCAAGUAUUAACACUUCAUUCAAUCACUAUUAAAAAUUAUACUAUGCUUUUAGAAGAAGGAGGUUUUAUUAAGAAUAAAAUUGAUUCAAAAACACUAUUAAGAUUUAAAUUUAUAUCGAAAAAGUCUAUUCAGUCAUUAAAAAAUGAAAAUUUAAUUCAUAAACAUAUUGAUGUUGGACAUAAUAUAUUAUCAUUUAUCAAUUUUCCAACUGAAUUAUAUCCAGCAUGUUGUGAUGAGUCUCUUUCGUGGAAUCAGGUUCAGAAAAAUAUAUUUAAAUUAUAUAUUGGAUGGAAAAUUAAAAUGAACAUAGAAAACUUAAAAUAUGCACAAGCUAUUUACCACAGACUAUUUAAUAAGAGUUAUAGACUUAUGGAUAGAAGUAUUGAUAUUUUACUUAAUGAAUUUAAUUUCACUGAAGAAAAGAUUAGAAGACAUUCUUAUUUGAUACACAGUGAUCCCGAUAAUACACGAGCAAUUUUAGAUAAUUUUAAAAAUCUUUGUGGUACGGAUGUAAAAUCAAUCUUAAGUAAGCAUCCCAAAAUAAUUCUUACUCCGUGGAAUACAAUUGGACAGAUAAGAAAACAUUUCGAGGACUUUGGAAUUCCCGAAUCUUCAUUAGCGAAAGCACCAGAAAUCUAUACAUUAGGAAGUAAUACUAUUUAUGAAAGAUUAAGUAAAUUAAAAGAAACACCAGAGUUGGCAUCAUUUAUAAACAACCCACAAGUUGCUAGACUCAUUUACUACUAUACAAAAGUAAAUUCACGUUUGAAGUACUUACAGAGCAAAAAUUGUGUGUCAUUAAAUUUAUUAGUUACAAACAAUUAUUCAUUUAACAGAUUUAAUUGCAAUGGUAAUGACAAAGGAAAAACCAAUGAUAUAAUGAUAUAUUUGACGAAAGAAUUGGGAGAAGACAAAAACAAGUUACGUUCAUUAUUAGAACGCCAUCCAUAUUGGCAGUAUAUUUCUUUGUUAACAAUACGAAAAUCUUUUGAGUUUCUUAAAAAGAAUAAUUUCACCAAAGAUCAAUUAUGCCAUUGCUCACAGAUUUUAUUGUAUCCAGUACAUAAAAUUAAAGAUGCAUUGAUAUCUACUGAAAAAAUGAAGAAUGUUUCCUAUUUACGAAAUGUGUCUGGAUCAAUCAAAUCUGAAUAUUUAUUACCACUAGUAUUGUAUAAUUUGGAAAAGGAUUAUCAUUUUUCAGGUGAUGGUGUUUGGAAUACUAAUGAGAAAAUAAAGAAAAUACCAUUGUCAGAUUCUCCUAAAGCCACAUUCGAUGAUACAGAAGAAUUGGAUCAUGAUCCAUCUAAUAAAUUACUCUGAUAAAUUACAUAUUAAAUCAAAAACUUGUUUAUUGUAAUCAAGUUAGAUAUUAACUAAUAAGAUUACAUGAUAAAUUGUCAGCAUAAAAUGUGUUAAUUUAUUCUUUAAAUUAUUAUAGUACUAAUCGGUUGAAAGUUAUGAUACUUAAUGACGAUUUAUAAAUAAGACAAUAUUUCUAAACUUUAAA